GAUCUGGCCUUACCGGUACUCCAAAAGAAAAUUCCUAUCCCUGCCGCGCUACGGGAAGGGAACAAUUUUCAUUCCACAGCGCCGGGUGGAGUGCCAGCCGCUGCCCGCGCUACAACGGCGGCUACCGCCGCUACUGCAUGACCAGAAGCCCAGCCAAGUUCAGAGCCAAGCCUGAAAGGAAGAGAAGGCGAUCCGUUUAGUCAGUCGAUCCAGUGUUCAGCAGCAUCAGGAGGUGCACGACGACGGAGGAUAUCAGUGUGCGUUUAUGUGCUGGGAGCUUGUGCUCGGUGAAAAAUGAAACGCGGUGCGAUGAGUGGCCUUUGAGUGACCCCGUGCUGUUUUCUGUGUUUUCGCGUGAGUGCGAAGUGAUCGUGUUCUUCCUAUUCGUGCGCCGUCCCAAGGGUCUGCCUCGUCUCGCCAGAUCUUCUCGGAGGAAUAAUAUGGAUUCGUGAGAGCGCACCAUGCUGAAGCUGGCCGGCCUAUGAUGGCAUCCCUGUCGCCUACGGAUAUCUCGCGGCGAAACCCCCAGGAUGAAUACGAACUGGUGCAGCGGGUCGGCAGCGGGACUUACGGCGAUGUCUACAAGGCGAAGAGGCUAUCCACCGGUGAGAUGGCGGCCAUCAAGGUCAUCAAGUUGGAGCCAGGGGACGAGUUUGGAGUCAUCCAGCAGGAAAUCCUGAUGAUGAAGGACUGCCGGCACCCGAACAUUGUGGCUUACUUCGGCUCCUACUUGCGGCGGGACAAGCUUUGGAUUUGCAUGGAGUAUUGUGGAGGGGGAUCACUGCAGGACAUCUACCACAUCACGGGUCCCCUGAGUGAGCAGCAGAUAGCGUACAUGUGCCGGGAGACGCUCAAAGGGAUUGCCUACCUGCACUAUGUGGGCAAGAUGCACCGAGACGUCAAGGGCGCCAACAUCCUCUUGACCGACGACGGUGACGUCAAGCUCGCCGAUUUUGGCGUGUCUGCCCAGAUCACUGCCACCAUCAGCAAGCGGAAGUCUUUUAUUGGAACACCUUAUUGGAUGGCGCCCGAGGUAGCAGCCGUGGAGCGCAAGGGUGGCUACAAUCAGCAGUGCGACAUCUGGGCAGUAGGCAUCACGGCCAUCGAGCUAGCGGAGCUGCAGCCGCCAAUGUUUGACCUGCACCCCAUGCGGGCCCUCUUCCUCAUGUCCAAGUCGGGCUUCAAGCCACCCCAGCUCAAGGACAAGGUCAAAUGGUCCCAGAACUUCCACCACUUUGUCAAGGUGGCCCUGACCAAGAACCCCAAGAAGAGGCCCACAGCAGAGCGGUUACUCAUGCAUCCUUUCCUCAAUGGAGACCACCUGACCAAGCGGCUGGCAAGGGAACUCCUAGAGAAAGUCAACAACCCGCACAACAACUACAGUGAACUGGACCCCGACGAUGAUGGGAUCCUGUACAACGUGCCACAAAGGAUUGCGUCCCAGCGGUCUGCAAGGACAGCGGAAAGGGCACAUUCGGAACUCAACAUGGACAAUGUCAGCUUUGAGCAACGAGUUUUCACAGAGCUCGGUGACUCAACAAAUCAGAACGCACCAGUGCAUAACGGCCAGGGCAACAACCACUACGACCUGGCAACAGCGUGGAUGGAGCGUGACAGCGAGACGGAGGAGAUCCAACGUGCUGGGCCGAUUGCGGCUGCGGCUGCUUACGACGUGGAUGACGACACUGAGGCGAAAUUUUGUGCUGCCCUCAGGAGCCUGCUGGAGAUUGUGGACGAGGAGCUGCGGCACAGGGGUCACACUGAGAGGUUGUCUGACCAGGACCUCAAGUACUCACAACAGGCCACACUUCCGAUGGACAAGGCGGACAAUGCAGAGCCGUGGCCAUCGGGUCCGCCACACGAGAAUGGUCACGGCGUACAUGACAGCCGAGGUGACGGCAAUGCUGCCAGGGACGGCACAUUGGAGGCCAUUGCCAGCACGGCGAGGCUACCAGCCACGAGUUACGCCAUGCUCGAGACCGACAUCCUGGGAGACGGCCCAGAGGACCACGAUGCCCGGGAGGGCAGUGCGACCCCGACAGGGACGCUAGAGAGGACCGGGGCAGCGGAAGAGGAGACCCUUUCCGAGACGGAGGCCCCCUCGAGGGACGCAGCGGGGCGCCCGGAGGCCCCUCCGCGGAAGAAGGAAAAGAGGCGGUCGCACCUGGUGCCCAACCUACCUAUGCAGAAGCCCGUAAGCAACGGCCUUCCGCCAACGCCCAAGGUACACAUGGGUGCCUGCUUCUCCAAAGUCUUCAACGGCUGCCCUCUCAAGGUCCUCUGCAGCACCAGCUGGAUACACCCCGAGACCAGGGAUCAACACAUCCUGUUUGGCUGUGAGGAGGGCAUCUACACACUCAACCUCAAUGAGAUUCACGACUCCUGCGUGGACCAGAUCUUUCCCCGAAGGACAUCUUGGAUGUUUGUCAUCAAGGAUGUCCUCAUGUCAUUGUCAGGCAAGAACCAGCAACUGUACAGGCAUGACCUUGCUGCACUCCAUGCAAGAGCCGGACAGCGAUUCGGCUUGCCUGUCGGUCGGCUACCUGAACGACUAGUUCCUCGGCGGUACGCAGCCACUACGAAGGUGGCGGACACCAAGGGUUGCAUGCGGUGCUGCGUGGGCCGCAACCCGUACAAUGGCUACAAGUACCUGUGCGGGCUGUCCCCUCAGGGGGUCUUCCUAAUGCAGUGGUACAACCCACUCGCCAAGUUCAUGCUGCUCAAGGUUGGUCACGGAUUUCAUCGCUGGUUUCCUUCUCUGCAUGCCAGGGAGCGAAGAAAGAGGCAAUUUGAGUGCAUGGUUCCAGCGCGGUUAAGCGUGUUUGAGAUGAUUAUCACACCUGACCUGGACUACCCUAUCCUCUGUGUUGGUGUCCGGAAAGGCUACGACGGCUCCCAGUUGAAGCUGGACACCAUUGACCUCAACUCAUCGGCGUGCUGGUUUGGCUACAACGAAGACGAGGACUCUGAUGGCCUGGAGACAAUGGUUCCACGCCAUGAGCUGCUGCAUGUGGUGCACGUGACGCAGAUUGACCGGGACACUGUGCUCGUCUGCUACGACAAUCAAGUGAAGUUGCUGGACUUGGAAGGCCAGCUCAAGCCCAGCGACGUGCAACCUGCCGAGCUCCAUUUUGACUUCACCGUCGAGUACAUCGUGUGCCUGACGGACUGUGUGCUGGCGUUCCACAAACAUGGCAUGCAGGGCCGGAGCUUCCUCAACAACGAGGUCGUCCAGGAGAUUAGUGACUCCACGCGCAUUUUCCGUGUCCUCGGAUCGGACAGCGCAAAGUAUUUUGGGUUCACGGCGGCCGACCCAACGUGUGAGCAGGCAGAAAGGAUUGUGGUGCUGGAGAGCAGAGCGACAGAUACGCCCACCGGACCUUCUAACAUCUACAUCCUUGCCGGGCACGAAAACAGUUACUAGGACAACGACUGUGAGCAUCUGGUGGAACCUUCAGCGGCAGACAAAGCCGUACAACUGGCGGAAUAGUUCACAACACUGCAGGGAAGGUCACUCAAUUGCUUCUCAAGAUGGUGCAGUUGCCCCUGUUCUUCAUCGCCCAGCCGUGCAGUGAAAAGAGAGAUGAAAUGCCCAAGUGUGGUGUGUUCAUGCUGGUCAAGUUGUGAAUGCCAUUGUGCUGCAAAUCUAUUCGGCCCUUCAGUUUCCCCGUGGUUUGUGAUUCAAGCAGAAGGGACUUUGUCCAUUGAGUAUGUAACAGACUAAUGCAUCAACUUCUGGAGGUGGCAUCGGCAGUCCAAGUCAACAGGUGUUAUUUUGAGCAACAUGUUUCACAUGUUUUGCCGGCUGCGUCCUCUGAUUUAAUUGACAGUUAUAGCUGUAGAGUUGGAAGUCAAUUGCAGUGCAGCGAUGUGUGCGCAUCUUCUGCUGCGCAUCCAGACAAGAUGUUGAUGGAACAGUGGAGAGGCCUGCAUAUGAAUUCGACGUCUGUCUUUGCGACAUUGCGCCCGUCCCAUUGUUGCCAAGGGCUCAGAUGUGUUCGACAUUGCAGCAUCAGCAAGACAAAAGUCAUCGGCGUUUUAGUUUUGACGCAAGCCUGUCGUCUGCCGUCCACCAGGUGUCACUGCUACUCAGAUGCUGAGGUGGAAUUCAACUCUUGUUGACUGCAUUCUUUUCUCUGUGUAUUUUAAUUUCUCUUUAAUCUCUGGCAGUGACGAAGUGUACAGAGGGAGUGAUUGUUCCCGAAUGUUUUUCCCUUCCAACUCUCCUUUUCUUUCUUAUUCUUACUUCUUCCUCCACAUUCUGUGCCUGUCCAUGUCUGUGGUAACUCAAUAUUUAUUUGUGUACAUAUGUUGAAGCCUUGACUCUCCCUUUUUUUUUUUUGUAUAGACAAAUGAAUUUACUCUUCGCAGAAGUGGUGAACGGAUGUGAGGGUACCCUUCCUUGCAGGGGCAGUGAGUGACCUCGGAGGGUUUCCGGUAGAUUCACUUUUGUUUUAUGAUUUCUCACAUCGACGAGCUGUCUAUGCAGCAUUGCAUCAAGAGGGAUGUGCUUCGACUACUAUUUUCUAUGAUUGCACUGUAAACAGUUUGGUUUGGUACUUUUUAGCAAUGGUGUGUGGAGAACUAUGUUGAAGGACUUAUAACUUCGUGUGUCAUGGGUGGAUGAAAAGUGAAAAGUCAUUUAAGCAGUAACAGUAGUUGUAGUAGAUGCUGUGUGAAACAGUAUGUGUCAGUCAACAUCCUCAAAUAUUACGUCCAAGCUAGCAGCCUUUUUUUUAGCAUUGGAUUGCAAACUUGGUACUUUCACUUUUGCAAACAAAUUUUAACCUUGGUUUUAGAAAAAUAUAUCAACCUUCUUUUUAUCUGUAUUGAGAUGUGCCCAUAAUGGCAUCACUGUUGUGGCUUGCGUAGACAACUUGUACUGUACAAUGAAAUCACUGGUAAUCAGUUCUGAAAAUUUGUCACCUUGAGUAGGCAUAGCUAGACUAGAAUUGGAACAAAGGUUUCCGGUGACGUGGCCAUUGUCGCACGCAAUAUUCGUUAAAAAAAAAUAUGUAGUGAACACUGUCAAGUUUAAGAAUUUCCAAAUACAACAGGAGAACUCACCAUAAAGAACAAACCUGAUAUAGUAGUAAUAUUAAUUGCGUUUCGUGGUUUGUACAGCUUUACGACUUCACAUCUAGAAAACAUUGGUUCAGCUUUGUCUUCUGUUGCACGAAAGCUAUGGGCACUCUGCUUUCAUUUCCACAUGUUCAAAUUGGAAGCACCUGUAGUUCAUAUGACUGAACAACAUCAUGAUCAAAAAUAUUCGUCAAGCUUGUAAUGUACUAGCAUUUUCUGAUUUAGAAAUUUUCGUACUGCUUCUCUGAGGCAUUUGUGUUGUUAAUCAAAAGUUGAGAGGUCGAGAGAAAUCACGAAUGUUGUGCAUCUUCAGCCUGCCUUGCUUUUCCACCACAGUGGCCGAGCUUUCUCAAGAGCUUCAUUCAGAUGUCGUUAUAUAACACCAUGUCGUGCUUUACCAAAUUAAUAGACCUGAUGUGGGAAGCGGUGUAGGAAGUGAAGAAGGCAAAUUGAAUGAACCUGUCAAAGCAAAGCUGCAUGCCAGCUUUCAGCAAGUUUUCAGAAUUGUCACGAAAUCUUUCAUAAGUGCACGGUUUCAUCUUCAUGCGCUCUUUGCACGUGUUGUUGUUUUGCGUUGUGCUGAAAAAGUGUUUGGAACACUGAAGCCGGGAUGACUCUUUAUUUUAUAGCAAUGUGACUAUGAAGUCUGUAAGUGCAAGUUGCAAUGCUGUAGUCGCAGAUUUGAGUGCACACCGUGAACUCUAGGACGCAUGCAUUACCUGAUGGGAAACUUAAGCUCUUCAUGAUUUGUGGCACCUUAAAUAUUGCGAGUGGUGGUACUGAGGCAUAAUGAAAUCAACAUAUGCUGCCUCUGAGGGGCACAGGUAAUGUUGAGUGGGGAAGACACACCCAUGCAAACUGAGACGAUCACAUAGAAGGAAAACACGGGGGCAACAUUUACCUUGUGCUGUUCUAUCUGAUUUUCUCAGUUUGCGCUAUUAUGGCUUCCCUACAUUUGAACCAAUUUUGAUGAGGAGCAAGCUUCCAUUUAAUGUUGAGUGCUGCAGUUGUUUGGACAUGACUUCAGACUGAAAUGCAUGCAGUAUUAAAACAGUGUACAAAGAUGAUAACAUCAGGCACUGAUAGGCACCUGUGAUGUCAUCAUCUUCAUUCAUAGAAAUUGAUGUAGACAUACGUUUAGAGGGGGAGGGCACUUUGGUGAAGUGCGUCAUGUUCACGAUUAAGGAAUCCUGAUGCAUUUUCUGCAUCCCUUCUGCAAAAGAACUGCUGCUACUGCGCAUUUAAAGAGACUGCAGGGCUCUAUCAGGGCAUUUUACUGUGUAAACCAGGGGCGGCCAGACAGCUAUAGUCGGAGUCGCAAAAGAGCUCACUGUGUUGCUCAGAGUUGGAGCGAAAUCCAAGAGUUUGAGACCACAUCAUGUACCUCAUUUUGACUGCUUGUCCUCUCUGCUUAAAAUAUGCUCGUCUAGUUGGCCACCCCUGAUGUAACCGAAUUCUUUUUUUCUUUUCCUCAUCUCACUUCUAAUGAGAACUUAUUAUUGCUGCUUUCAAACAAAGUCAAUAUUCGAGUACUCUACAAUGCAGUCCUUAUCACAGCUGGAGGUUUAGAUGGAACGUAUUGGAAGGGCAGUACCAUUUUGGAAUACAUGUUGAAGUGGAAUGGGCUAGGCUGGGUUUUGGUGAUAGGUUGUUCAGAUCGGCAUGCGUGGCUCGCCAUCCUGUGAUGCCUUCAAAGUACAACUCGAAGCCUCAAUGUUAUUGCCGACUGUGUGAAAACACAAUGGUGUCACGAGGUGAAUUCUACUGGUUGAUCCGGAGUGUUUCUUGUACUGCGACAAAAAAUUUGUCUCCUGCUGAUCAGUUUGUACUAGAUUCACUUUCCACUGCUCCUUUUGAAUUGACCUGCUCCAUGCCUUUGGCUUCCCUGCUUUGCGAUUGGAGCAUGCUUUUUCAACAGUGAGUCUUUUUGAUCUGCAACCUUGGCCUACAUUAGACGCUGGGUGUGUGGGAAGACACCCACUGGCAUGCAGCAUCCUGCUUUUGUCCGGGUCGUGUGGAUUUGAUGAAACGUGAGCAUGACCCAACGAGUGCUUACUCGAGGAUUCAAGCAGAUCCUCCAGAACAACCGGGGGAAUUUGCUGACAGUUUGGUACAUUCUCAAGAUUUGCAAGCUAGCCUCUUGUGAUCGGAUCACUCGUGCCACUGUCAGUGAAGUCUGUGUGGUCUGUGAAGUAUGUAUAUUCUCACAGCGGCUGUGCAGGCAUGUCGCCUGUUGCAGCUAUUCAAAUGGAGUAUUAAUUUUUGUGGCAGUCUGCCAGCCCGUGUCCCAGUUUAAUGCGUCUGCUGCUGCAGUGUGCAAGAAGAAGGGGAACCGAAGGGCUAGAUAUAAUGUUUUGUGACAGCCAUCUAAAGCCAAUAGGCAAUUAAGCCAAGAACUGCGUAGCGGGAAAUGUCUUUAAUUUUAAUGUAAGAGUAAUGACAAAAAUGAAAAAUGAACGUGGACAAAAAAGCGACUUGACGCAGGUGGAAGUCGAGCCCACAUCUUCCACAAUCCGUCAGUAGUGCUGGCUAACGCUGUGAGGGCUAACCUUGUACACAAAUAUGCAAGGCAGUGGACAGGAGAGAGGCCGCUACCAUAGCCCAAUUGGCUGAACAUUGCACGUAUAACACGGCAGACGUGGUGUUAGUUCCCACCUGCGGCAAGUUGUCUUGCCAUCCUCUUUCAUUUUCCAUUUUUUACAUUCUAAUCUUAAGAAAAAAAGAAAAGACGGCAGUCCCUUGGUGCUUUCAUUGGCUUCAUUAUCUGUUUGCUUCCUGUAUUAGCUGUCCUACUGUGUGCAUCACAUGGCCUGGCUGCCCUGUAGGUGGUUGUCGAUACCCUGAGCAUGCCAUGCAUUCUGCACCAGACAUGAUUGGUCGCAGUUUGCUGGAGGAGGAAAGUGUGUUGGAAGCAGCUGGAACUCGCACGGGGACUACUCUUGGACGAAAGCACAAAUGGCGCCAGAUGGCUUCUGUGGUAGUCUUUAAACAGGUCAGCACAUCUGAAAUAAAAAAGAAAAGAAAAAUAGAAAGAACAAGUAAAAAAAGAGUUGCAAUAAAACAAGGCCAGGCAUAUUCCUGCAGCAGAUGUAUUGUAAUAUCCCGAGUCAUUUGCCCAUCUCCAAGACUGUGCCCACUCUCCUUAUCUCGCAAAACGCCCAUGCUUCAAAAUACAACCUUGAGGUCAUUCACUUCCCAAAAGUACUGCGGAUGACGUAGUGCCGUAGCUGAAGUGUGUACACCAAGGGCAUUUUUGCAGCGUCUGUUUGCCAAAUUUUGUUCCUCAAUUUCAUAUUUGCUGCAUAAACGAAUGCAUUUGCAGGUAGCUUGUGGCUGCACGUGCACGUGCAUGCACGCACGUGCAAGCACAUUCCAUGUGCAUGCGCUAUUGGUGGCUCCUCAGCCUGACUUUCUGCAUUUGCACAAAGAAAUUACCUACCCCCCUUGGCCUCCAUAAUGUCUGCUGAUGGAUCUACCAUGACUCUGCAUAUUACAGUUUGUGCGGCUCUUGUUGCUGGAGGCUAGCUUAGUGGGUCUAUCAGAAGUGGACAGGCUGCAGGCCUACCUGUAUUGUCAUGGCCUCUGAAGGCCAGUGCCUUUUGUACGUAGACCAUAGCUGCGAGCCACACGAGCUCCCAGCACACAACCAGGUGUGUACUGUGUCAAACUGCUCCCCAGCUUAAACGAACGAGUCUCGCAAAACAAUGUCUGGGUGAGAUUUAGCGAGAGACUUGGAACAGAGGUAAAAUGCAGCAAUUCACAGGGUCCAAAAAAGAUUUACAAUCACGUUGCAAGGAUUCAAACUCAAAAGGGAAUUUAGAAUUUCGUUUAAUUCUUAAGGAAAUCUCAAAAUUCUUGUUGGCCUGCUGUGUCCUUGGGCUAUUUUUAAGCCCCACCACUCAAACGAAGCUUGUGUUUGGUUUAGCUACUUCAAACUGGCUACCUUCCCAAAAUAAAGCAAUUCGUGAAACCUCAGCUAUGACAAGUCAAAACAUGUGUGACCAUGUUUAUAUCACGGCUUAUGUACGUGUUGACAAGUGCCUUAUUGAAGUGGCACCUCAGAUUCGGUAAUGCGUUUUGUGGUUCUGAUAGCCAAAGUUUACGUUCUCGGGGUCUUAUCGUGCGUGUUGGAAAGUAUCCCUUGGCUUCGCAUUCAGACCCGCUUUCAUUUAGUGUCACACAGAAGGCAGGAUAGAAUUGUCCUGUGCAUAUAUCUGUUCACAUCAGAGUUUCUAAUACUGUUUUUGACCCCCUUUCAUUAAACAUUCAGUAAUUCAAACAAAAGUCUAUGGUUCCUAGGAGUUUGAUUCCAUGCAAGUUAGCUUUUAGCAUAGGCUGCAUGAAAGACAUAUUUUUAGUGACAUUAUAGAAUUUAACUGAUCCUUGUCAGGUGUGAGAUAACAGUAUGUAAUGUGGUUGUUUAACAAUCAAGUAGGUUGACAAAUUGGAGGGGGAGCUGCUUGGGCACUGUACAUACCUGAGGAAAAUUAUUUCACCGAUACUGACACCUCGUACAAGCAAAACUAUUAGACCAUACAAAUGAAACUUAAGAGAUUAAUCUAUUUUCAGUGAUCGACAGAACCUAUUUAGCUAGCGCACACUAGAGGCAAAGUGACGGGCUUCAAGCUAUUGCCGAAUUACAUUUCAACAAAGGCCUGAAAUCAACGCUUGUAAGCAUAGCGCAUUGCAACUAUUUCCCCUGUAACUUUGCCAAUACGAGAUGUUUGCACCUUCUCUGGCUUUGAAAAAUAUGUGCAAAAUCUUUUCAAACAUUUUUCAUUGAAGAGCUCACAACCAAGACAGUUAUAGGGCAACAGCGUUCCAUGUAAAUGUCUGUGAGCUUUUUUCUUUAAUGCUCCCUUCUCAAUUACCAAAAUGAUGUACUAGGCCUUCCCCCCCCCUCAUGUUGUAUUCUUAUUCUCAAAGGCUUUGAAAUUUAUGGAGUACAGUAAGUUGGGACUAUUUGGUAUUUUUUCGAUGUCUUAUUGAUUGCAGACCAGCGAACAGAGUCCCUGUAAAUAAAUGAACAAACUUUUUCUAGUGUUGUCCAGCAUGGUGGCAAGCCUGUCAUGCGGCAGCCAUAGCCACUUCCGUAGCCACAGCCAUAGCAGCCUGUGUCACAAGUAACUACCAUAGUUUGAAUAGACAUCCACAAUGCCAUAAUGGACAAGGCAAGUUGUGCAAAUUGCGCUCCUACAAAUUGUGCACUCGUUUUAUGUGACUGUACACUGCACACAGAUCUGCAGAUUCUUGUAUUCCCUCUACUAUUUGAUCACAGACACUAGUAAUUUCAACUCCUACUAAUUAUGCUGUGUCAUCUUAAUACUUUUUGUGACUGCUACUAUUGUUUGACACAUGCACUUUGUAAAGUGCGCUUCGAAUUGUACAUCACAUUGACUGACACUAUUCGGUUAUCGUUUUGCCUUCAAAAUUUGCAUAGAGAUAAAAGAAAGCUAUAAUGAAAAGGGCAGAAUACACGGAUGGGCAGUAUAUCUAGCACUGGCCCUUCUUUUUUUUUUUCUUUUCUUUCGUUGGUUUAUCACACUUGCCUUCUUACUCACUCAUUCUAGGCAUUAAUAAUUGUCAUCCUGUAGUAAGUUCCAUGCAGUCUCUGAAAAAGAAAUUCAAGCACUGAUCAAGCUGUGCUCACUUGCAGUUCUGCACAAAAUUGUUUAAACUUGUCCAAUGUCUAGCGAUUGCUACCAUGACGGUGUACAUAGUGUAAUAAACUGCCCGCCUCUUAGGAUAAACCACAAUCCUGGUUGUUUCUUGCCAUGCCUACAGUCUGGAAUAGCAUACCCAUUACUGCAAGCAUAAAAGUGCAGGAGUGUUCUUUCGAGCAAAUGUGUUUUAGCCAUGUCGAAAGAACUUCAGUUACCUCGGGCAAACUGCACUAAGCAAAUUGGAUUUGACGUGUGUUGGCUGUGUCAUGACAUUAUAACAAACAAACAAAAAACAAAACAAAAAAGAACGGGCGAAGGCAAACCUUGUUGUAUAGUUUGAGGUAGUUGGGUUGUUGAUCUUUGUUAGACUUACCUCUGAGAAAGGAACGUUAAGUGUUACAGCUAAAGAAAAGAAAGUGUAAAUGUUGAGCAUUAGAUGACUUGAGUUUGUUUCAGCGAUGUAUAGGUGUGUUUGUUUCAACAUCUGUGAAAGCCACCUGAGGCAUUGCGAAUAAGCCAGAGAGCACACAACGUCUACUGCACGCAUCUUUGUUGCAGUUCACCCAUGCGAACUAUAACGACUGAAAAAGAUUCUUGUUUUUGGAGUUGAUUGGAUGGUACGCUCACUGUCGUCGGUGACCUGUUUGUGCAUUUUUUGCAAUGUUUAGCAUUGUCUGAUGCGAGUGCUGUAGUAGGGACACCUUCGAUUCUUGAGGCUCACGGACUUAUGUGCAUGCCUACUGUAAGCUGCACUGCUGUGGUUUGGAUUUGGGAUAUACAAGUAGUUUCGUGCUCAAUAUAACUCCAAGUGCAAAAUUCUUAUAUAGUUUCUUUGUUUACCCUGCCUGAGUUUCUGAGCUUUUCCUUGUCACCUUAUUUUGAAACUUUUGUAGAUCAUCGUGACAUUUUGCACAUGCUGUGCAACAAUAUGUGAUACAAAUUGGACCAAAAUUCUGCUCACCCUUUGGCUGAUGCUGACGUGCGUCUCUUUUUGUACAUUUGGAGUUUCAGUUGUGUUUUUGCGGUGUAAGUCACCGUAGCUUUCUUUUAUGUAGCACUUUGUGUGUCUCUAUUGAAAAUUGACCGUUGGAUUGCCAUUCUAGAUGCAUUCUUGUAUUGCUGAAGUGGUUGCAAAGUUGAAAAAGUCAAAUGGCUAGCUGAAAGAUUUGUGGUUUAGUGUGCUUGUGACAUGUUCAUGUUGCAAUGCCUCUGUAAUUAUACUCUCGGUAUUUGAAUCUUCGUUUUUGUGUAUGUAUGCACAUUACUGCUUGUAAUGGUUUUGAAAAAUCUGAAACUUCCUAUAAGCUUCCUUAGAGGUUGCUGUGCAUGAGUCUGUAUUAUAUAUAUAUGUAUGUAUGUAUACGAGUGUUUACACAAUUUGCUAGCUGUGAUGUUAGAGUGUCCACAUUUAUGUUCACGCUUUUAUUUUUGUAGAGUCCACCUGCCCCCUUUUUAUUUUUUUGAUGCCCCGCAGAGUGGUGGUGCGAGGAGUAUAAGAGCGGUGUAAUAAAUGAGAGUUGAAUGCAAGCCUAA